CGAGGCAUUUCAAUUUCCCAUAAAUACCAAAACGAUCGCCGCAGAAGUCACAUAAUUUUACUAUGAAGCUAGCAAUAAUCUUGGCUACGACUCUAAUAGUGAGUGCAUGCGCCGUCCUUCAGAAGGCGGACAAUGCUUUCCUCUCGCGUCAGAUGCAGGUACUGCACUUGCUGCAACACAUCAACGAACCCCUGCAGGAUCCUGAGCUCAUCUCCAUCCGUUCUCAAUUUGAACCUAAAAAUGAUGUUAAAUUCUACGAUUCCAAAUGCAUCAAGAACCUCAUGCACCAGAUCGAAAAUGGCCAUUUGAUUCCUCGCGAGGAGAUUUUCUCCUUGUUCGAUGCAAAUCAACGCAAGCAGAUGAAGAUCUUGUUCGACUGUCUAAUGGCUGCCAAGGACUGGGAUACCUUCAUGGGCCUGGCAACUUACGUCAGAGACAAGAUGAAUCAUCGUCAAUUUGUCUAUGGAUUCUGCACGGCUCUUCUUCAUCGCAACGACUGUCGUGGUCUGAAGCUGCCACCGGCGUACGAGAUCACGCCACACAUGUUCCUGACGACUGACGUCAUAAGACGCGCCUACCAGGCUCAGAUGCAGGGCAAACCUGCCAUUGUUCCUAUGAAAUUCACCGGAAGUGUCCUCAACCCUGAGCAGAGAGUCGCAUACUUUGGUGAAGACAUUGGUCUGAACUCUCAUCAUGCUCACUGGCACAUGGACUUCCCGUUCUGGAUGGACAAUCAGAAGGAUCGUGCUGGUGAACUCUUUUUCUACAUGCAUCAUCAGCUUCUAGCUCGAUUCGACGCUGAGAGAUUGAGCAACUAUAUGCCGCCCGUGGAACCACUUCAGUGGGAUAAACCAAUCAUCGAAGGAUUUGCACCAGCAGCUGCUUACCCAGGUGGUCAGGAAUUCCCAAUGCGCCCUGACAACGUUUACUUCCAGGAUCUGCCACAGAGAACGGUAGCAGAGAUGAUCGAGUUCGAGGCGAGAGUUCGUGAUGCCAUUGACGCUGGAGUGAUCUACGAUAAAAGCGGGAUACCAAUUUACCUGAAUGGUACCCAGGGUAUCAAUGUCUUGGGAGCUCUCUUGGAAAGUUCCACUGCGAGUAUAGAUCCACAAUUCUACGGUAGCCUGCACAACGACGCUCACCUGUUGCUCUCCAGGGUGGCCGAUCCUAAGGGAAAAUACGGAAAUCCUCCUGGAGUAAUGGAACAUUUUGAGACUGCCACCCGCGACCCGGCCUUCUUUCGUCUUCACAAGCACAUUGACAACCUCUUCAAGGAGCACAAGGAUCUACUUCCACCUUACACCUACGACGAGAUCAGCUUCCCUGGUGUAAAGAUCGAAGCAUUUAAAGUCAUCGGAGAAUCAAAGGCUUCAGAGCCAAAUACCUUGAUCACGUACUUUGACGAGAGUCACAUAAACCUCGGCAACGCCGUCAAUGGGAAACCCGUCGACAUCCGCGCUGUAGUAUCUCGCUUGAAUCACGAACCUUUCAAAAUGGUGAGCACCAUCGUCAGCGACAAGGACACUGCUGCCUUUGUCAGGGUGUUCCUUGCCCCGCGUUACGACUGGUACGGCCAGGAAAUUCCAUUGAACGAAGCUCGCUGGUCCAUGAUCGAGAUCGACAGAUUCACCGCAAAAUUGAACGCUGGAAUGAAUAUAAUUACCCGCAAAAGUCAUGAGACGGUAGUCACUUCAUCUGAACCCAUGAGCUACCCUGCUCUUAUCAAACAGACCGCUGCCGCACUGGCUGGCGAAGCCACUGUUUUCGUAGAAAAGACACACAGACACUGCGGAUUCCCUCAUCGACUUCUUCUACCCCAGGGACGUCCCCAGGGAAUGAAGUUCAAGUUGUACGUCGUGCUGACUGAUCUGAGCAAGGAUCUUCACCGGCAGUUCGAUGACUUCAUAAACGUACCUCCGGCACUUAGUUACUGCGGUGUCCUGGACGGACCAUUCCCGGAUACACGUCCUAUGGGAUUCCCAUUUGAUCGUCGUAUUCCUUAUCCUGAGAAUUUCUUCCAGGACAACGCCAAAGUCAUUGACGUUACCAUCAAGAACAUAAAGAUUUAAUGAGAAUCACCUAGACUGAAUGGAGAACCUUAUUAUUUUAUGAGACUGAUUAUAUACUAUUUCUUUCAUUGUAAUAUUAUAUGCUUAUAAAUACAUAUAUGAAUGUUGCGGUCAUUGAAAA